CGCACACGCCUCCAGCCUGUUGAGGGAAACUCCCCUUUCAGCACCCUGGACAGAGGCUCGGCUGACCCUGACGCUGAGCGCAUCCACGCCGAAUAAAACAGCAACUUGAUGAAUAUUCAAGAUUUUUACGCAAAGGCACACGAAAAGAGAAACGUUUAAGUUUUUUUUUUUUCAACGUUUUGCAAGAAAUCAAGCUGCAGCCGGAUAGUGAGGAAAGCACUCUCAAGAGGAUUUGAAUCCAUCGUUCAUUCGAGACAUCUUUAAACCACAAGCGCGCGCGUCACCCCGCUGAUUCCUGCAACGUUAGGACAUCAAAAAUGUUGCUUGAACAUCCGGGGUCAAGUUGUCAAAACACUGGAAAUUUCAGCCGAUACACUUCAAGCCAAGACAUCCCAGUAUGUGCAGGCUGCAAUCAGCACAUCGUGGACCGCUUUAUCCUCAAAGUGUUGGACCGCCACUGGCACAGCAAGUGUCUGAAGUGCAGCGACUGUCAAACACAACUGGCGGACAAAUGCUUCAGCAGAGGCGACAGCGUCUACUGCAAAGAGGAUUUCUUUAAGAGAUUCGGGACCAAAUGCGCGGCGUGCCAGCAGGGGAUCCCGCCCACUCAGGUGGUGAGGAGAGCGCAAGAUUUCGUCUACCACCUGCACUGUUUCGCCUGCAUCGUGUGCAAAAGGCAGCUGGCGACAGGAGACGAGUACUACCUGAUGGAGGAUAGCAGGCUGGUCUGCAAGGCCGACUACGAGACCGCCAAACAGAGAGAAGCGGACUCAACUGCAAAAAGGCCACGAACAACCAUCACUGCGAAACAGCUGGAAACGCUGAAGAACGCUUAUAACAACUCCCCCAAACCUGCCCGCCACGUCCGGGAGCAGCUCUCAUCAGAGACCGGCCUGGACAUGAGGGUCGUGCAGGUUUGGUUUCAAAACAGACGAGCAAAAGAGAAACGGCUGAAGAAAGACGCCGGGCGGCAGAGGUGGGGGCAGUACUUCCGUAACAUGAAAAGGUCACGAGGGAGCUCCAAAUCUGACAAGGACAGCAUCCAGGAGGAGGGCAUGGACAGCGACGCAGAGGUCUCCUUUACAGAUGAACCACCAAUGUCAGAUCUUAGCCACAGUAAUGGCAUGUACACCGGUCUCAACGACUCCUCGCCAGUCAUGGUGGGCCGCCAAGGUGGCAACAACCACGGCUCUUUCCCCCUGGAACACAGUGUCCUCCCCUCUCAAGACCAGUUCCACGAUAUCCGGUCCAGCAGCCCAUAUGGACUUCCCCAGUCCCCGGGGUCACUUCCAGCACUACCCAGACACCAACCCCUCAUCUCCAGCCUGGUCUACCCUGAUUCCGGCCUUUCUAUCAUGACCCAGGGUGGCGGUCCUGGAAUCAAUCCUGCCGUGAGGGUUUCCAUGGCGCCAGCAAAUGGCCCUAGUUCGGACCUCUCUACUGGCAGCAGUGGGGGCUACCCAGACUUCCCUGCCAGUCCGGCCUCCUGGUUAGAUGAAGUGGACCACGGGCAGUUUUGAUCAGUCCACUAAAAGAUACUAGAGGCUUUUA